AUGUGUUGCAACUACUACAGAAACUCAUGUGGUAGCUGUGGUUAUGGCUGCGGAUAUGGCUCAGGCUACCGCUGUGGCUAUGGCUGUGGAUACGGCUCUGGCUAUGGCUGCGGAUGCGGCUCAGGCUAUGGUUGUGGCUAUGGCUCAGGCUACGGCUGUGGCUAUGGCUCAGGCUAUGGCUGUGGAUACGGCUCUGGCUAUGGCUACGGAUGCGGCUCUGGCUACGGCUGUGGCUAUGGCUCUGGCUAUGGCUAUGGUUACAACUGUGGGAAUUCCUGUGGGGGCUCUGGAUAUGGCUGUGGCUAUAGCUGUGACUACUGUUCCAUAUAUGGCUGCGGAUAUGGGGCUGCCUAUGGCUAUGGCUGCUGUACCUACUGA